CUGGCUGACAGAGCUGCAGCUGAUGGAUGUAAAUGAGGAUGUUGGCUGAUUAGGAGCUUUAACCUCCACCUUUAUUGUGUCAAAGCACCAGAGAUGGAGCAGUUAUAGGUGUUGGUGGAAAUGAUCUUCUCAACAGUCUGACCUGCAGAAAAAAAACGCCAGCCCAGCGCUGCAGAUGGAGAAUGGAGAUCUGGGUCACAUGAUGGGGGAGCUAGUGACUCUGAACGUGGGCGGCUGCGUGUACAGCACGUCUCUGUCCACGCUGCAGCGCUACCCAGACUCCAUGCUGGGAGCCAUGUUUCGAGGAGACCUCCCCACCGUCAGAGACGCGCACGGAAACUACUUCAUCGACCGCGACGGCCCGCUGUUUCGCUACAUCCUCAACUUCCUGCGGACGUCAGAGCUGACGCUGCCGUGCGACUUCAAGGAGACAGAGCUGCUCAGGAAGGAGGCUGACUUCUAUCAGAUCGAGCCCCUGAUCCAGUGCCUGGGAGACCCCAAACCCCUGCUGCCCUACCCCACAGACACCUACGAGGAGGUGGUGGAGCUGUCCAGCACCAGGAAGCUGUCCAAAUACUCCAACCCUGUCGCAGUUAUCAUCACCCAGCUCACCAUCACCACCAAGGUCCAUUCAAUGUUGGAGUCCAUCUCCUCCAGUUUCACAAAGUGGAACAAACACAUGAUGGACACCAGAGACUACCAGGUGUCCUUCACCUUCGGACCAUGUGACCACCAACAAGAAGUCAGCCUGCGUGUGCAUCUGCUCGACUUCAUCUCCAAAUCUGGCUUCACAAUUCGCAAUACACGCGUUCAUCACAUGAGCGAACGGGCCAAUGAGAACACAGUGGAGCAUCACUGGACGUUCUGCAGAAGAGCUCGCAAAUUUGACGACUGACAGAUAAACUGAUGGAUGGACUUACUGACAAACAGAUGCCGUCAGCGUGACUGCAGACAGACAGAGAGAGACGUGUUGGUGGAGCUUUUCUUUGUUAUUUGUUAAUGUUUUGUAUUAUGUUGUUUUUAACGCAUAAUGAUGUUUUUUUUUAACUGAGAUAAUUUUUUGACCAGUGUUCCUUAAGUAUUCCUUUAAAUUGAUGAAAGGAGCUGUAUUACUGUUGAGGUACUACUACAGCUAAAAGUGUGAAAAUGAAAUACCAGGUCCCGUUUGAGUAAUAUAUGUUUGAACUUAAAGACUUAGCAGAUGACAAGUCACUGAGGAUGUUUGCUUGCUGAUUUGACUGGCCAAACUUCCUCCUCUCUUCAUCGUAUCGCCAGAAUCUCUGUAUCAUCUGUCUUCAUGAAUGAGAAGGAAGUUUAUUGUGAUGCUACAGCGUCUGCCACUUGGUGUAAUUUUUAACAGCUUGUCAUCUAAAUGCAUAGUUGGCCAUAAACAGAAUGUGAAUUUGCAAACA